UCAACCACUCUUUAUAUAUAAAGACCGCCCACACACACAUUCACUUUCACAACACACCUUUCUCUCUCUUCUCUUUCCCUCUCUCUCUACAAUUUCAGAUUCAAUCAAAUCUCAAACGCAAAGAUGAUGCAACCUGGAGGACCUGGCAUGGCUCCACACACAAUCCCCCAACAAUACCAACAACAACAACAACAACAACCCUACAUGAUGAUGCCUCCUCAACCACAAACUCAACCUACUCAGAUGUGGGCCCCUAACGCUCAACCUCCUCCUCAAUCCGCCCCUCCUCAACAACUACCUCAACCUGCCACCGCCGACGAGGUCCGUACUCUCUGGAUCGGUGAUUUACAAUACUGGAUGGACGAGAAUUAUCUUUAUCAAUGUUUCUCUCACACCGGCGAGGUUGGAAAUGUUAAAGUUAUUCGCAACAAGCAGACUAAUCAAUCUGAAGGUUAUGGGUUUCUUGAGUUUACUAGUCGUGCUGGUGCGGAGAGAAUUCUUCAACAAUAUAAUGGCAACAUUAUGCCAAAUGGUGGCCAGAAUUUCAGAUUGAACUGGGCAACUUUUAGUUCUGGGGAGAAGCGUCAUGAUGAUUCUCCGGAUUUCACCAUAUUUGUCGGAGAUUUGGCUGCUGAUGUUACUGAUUAUCAUCUGACUGAAGUAUUUAGAACUCGGUAUAACUCAGUUAAGGGGGCUAAAGUUGUGAUUGAUAGGACUACUGGAAGGACAAAGGGUUAUGGUUUUGUUAGGUUUGCAGAUGAGGGUGAACAAAUGAGGGCUAUGAGUGAAAUGCAAGGGGUUCUUUGUUCCACAAGACCCAUGCGUAUUGGACCAGCCUCUAACAAAAACCUUAACACACAGGCGACAAAAGCUUCAUAUCAGAAUCCUCAAGGGGGGGCACAGAACGAGAAUGAUCCAAAUAAUACAACCAUUUUUGUUGGCAACUUGGAUCCUAAUGUCACGGAUGAUCAUUUGAAACAAGUUUUUGGGCAGUAUGGAGAACUGGUUCAUGUUAAGAUUCCAUCAGGCAAGAGAUGCGGGUUUGUCCAAUAUGCAGAAAGGAGCUCUGCAGAGGAGGCACUGCGUGUUUUAAAUGGUACACUUCUAGGUGGACAAAAUGUUCGGCUUUCAUGGGGCCGAAGCCCAGCAAACAAACAGACUCAACAGGAUCCAAACCAGUGGAAUGGUAGCAGUGGAUACUAUGGAUAUCCUCAGGGUUAUGAAAAUUAUGCUUAUGCCCCUGCAGCUGCACAGGACCCCAAUAUGUAUGGCAAUUAUCCAGCAGGGUAUGCGAAUUACCAACCUCCUCAGCAACAACAGCAAAUAGGAUACAGCUGAAAAGUUUUGCCUCUGAUUUUCUGUUCUGUACUUCCUGUGAUACUUAAUUUUGUUUGCUUCUCAUUUGGUGUCUUGUAGAACUUCAAACCCAUCUUGCCCUGUUUUUUAUUUAACUUGUUUCCUGUGUUUGCUUUGAACAUUGAUAUUCUAUGCGGAUCUUAUGUAUCUUUAAAUUAUUGCUUGCUGAAUACUUUUAUCUAUAUUUUAUGAAUUGGUGCAUUUCAA